AUGAAUACAUCAAAAAUCGACGCCUUGGUGGCGGAGUUUCCCCUCCUAGACCCGACUGUUGUCAUCGUUAUUGCGAGUGAGGUGGACCUCGACGAUGCCAAUCAGCUUGGCCAAGUCCGAGGCAUGCUGCAGAGUCUCGCCCAGAAUGUCUUGGACGAGGAAGCAAGCGGCUUCAACGCGAGCGGUGUGCCCGACACCAUCGGUUCUGUUGACGGGGCAGCCGAUGCGCGCGAUGGCUCUACAAGCCCCUCAGAGCGGCUGCAACCCAAAGAUACAGACUCUUCGGGGACUACACUGACGAGCUCGCCUCCCUCUGAGCCUGAUUACGAUGUUCCGCGCAUCAAGACAUUCGACGGGGACUCGGACCAGGAGAAGCUUUUGCAGCUUCAGGACAUGUUUUCCGACCUGAAGCCCCACGACGUCAAGUUUGCUCUCAAGAAGGCUCAGGGCGACUUCCAGACAGCUCUGGAGACCUUGCUGAACCUCCAGUUUCUCGAGUCUAUUGAUGAGAGACCCAAGGGGGUCGACGGCUUCUUCCAGUCAGAAAACACACAGCCUUCUGGAAAGAAAAAAGGCAAAAGAAAGAAACGGACGGAUUUGCGUUCGGAUCCUUUGUCAAGUUCUAGCAGCAUCAAGGAGGGUUCGCCUAUGAACGACGAUAACGAGAGGGUCAAAAAAAUACUUUUCAUUGUGGAAAAGCUCGACUUGCCGUUCGACGACGUCUCGGACGUUUUCGAUGCACACAAGGGCUCCACGGAACCUACCAUCAUUGAGUUCCUGGACCGCUAUGUCAAGCAAGGCGUUGGCGCAUGGAGCGGCGAAUACGAUUACCGAAAGCAGCGCAUCCAGGAGCUCAAGAAGCAGUACCGGCAUAUUCCCGAGCAAUACCUCGUCCCUCUUGAUGAAGUCACGCGGAGCGACCAACGAUGGACAGAGGAGGUUGCCACCUUGUUGAAUCGCUACUUCGGGAAGUUACCGGCCAGGCGACUAGACAUUAACUACAGGCUUACGCCUCUGGCGAACGCGGAGCUGGAAGGCUCGUCCGAAGGCUGGCAAAGGGCGGCCUCGCCAAAGUUGGCAGUCAUAUCACCAACUGGACGUACGCUCAGCACACCCACUUCCUCAGUCAUGUCACCGACUGGACGUACGUUCAGCACAUCAACUUCUUCCUGCACCAGUCCAUCUACAUCCAUGUCUUAUAGGCAAGCCAUGGACACGGCCGUCAUGUAUCGUGAUGCCAGUAGCCACUCGUACAACACCGCCGGGCAGGUGUACAAGAAGGGGCACCUGUACAGACAGGCAGCAGGAUACUACGCCGAGCGCGGACGCGAAGAAGCGCGCAGUUUUGCCAAGGCCAAGAGUGUGGCCGCCGACAUACAUGUUGCGAGCACCGGCUCUGCCACUGAGAUCGACCUCCAUGGUGUCGAGGUCGCCGACGGCGUGCGAAUCGCAUUGGAACGCGUUUGGGACUGGUGGAACAACCUAGGGGAGUACAGGACGAGGAAGGCCCAGGAGGGCUUUACGAUCGUCACGGGCCGGGGUCUUCAUAGCGCUGGAGGUGUUUCGCGACUGAGACAGGGCGUCAUCGCCGCCCUUGUCAACGAUGGAUGGAAGGUUUCGGUGGAGACUGGGAGCUAUCGGGUGACAGGCCGCCGGUGA